UUUACUUUUUACAGUCGAAACAGCUCCAGACUGCUAAACAUCAGCAGAGGCUUGUUCCCCAGUUCAAUAGUUUAUCUAGAUACACUAAUACACAGCAAGACAUGUUUAAGUCGAGUGUUGCAUUAAUGCCCAAGGGUAUAGUCUUAGGCAGGUUCCAGACACUAGUGGCUUUGAACGCCAGAUCUUUCUCAAGUGGCAUCAGUGCUUUCAAUGAAGCUCCAGCUCCAGCUGAUGCUCCAGCCGAACAGGCCCAACCACAAGCAGUUUCGUAUUGCAAGGCUGGAACGCCAUUGAACUUGAAGGUUUAUAAGAAAGCCAGCAGCGAGCCUAUUGCAAAAGAAGAUAGUGAAUAUCCAGACUGGUUGUGGAAGUUGCUUGAUCAAAAGGCUCAGGCAGAAAUUCUAGCCUCUAAUCCAAUUAAAUACAAAAAGAAAAUAAUCAGAAAAAAAAACAUUGAAAACAUCAAACAGAAGAAUUUUUUCUCUAAGAUGUGAUGCAAUGGAGUGGUUUGCUUUGUCGAUAACUGUAUAUAGGUCUGAAUAAACAAUUCCUCCAAGCUCUGGAGCCAGAAAAAAAAGAUAAAAAGAGGCAGAACUGAUCUAUCCGAGAUUCGAACUCGAGAUCUCUUUGGGAGUUAACAAGUUCGCUUUAUUGGUU